AUGCUGCCUUGGCUGAAGUCUUCUGAGGUACCUCAUUACACUGCUCGAUCAGCCUUCAACACAGUUGCUGAUAUAUUGAGUAAAUUGUUGAAUGUUGGCAUCAGCGAUCCAGACGCUGAUGUCCGUCUCUGCGUGUUCGAAUCACUCGACCGGCGGUUUGAUCACCAUUUGGCCCAAGCCAAUCACCUAACCUCUUUGUUUACUGGCCUCGCUGAUGAAGUCUUUGAGAUCCGCCUGCGUGUGAUGCAAUGCCUUGGCCGACUAGCUGAGAUCAAUCCUGCCUGUGUACAGCCAAAUUUGAGGAAAAUCUUACUUCAGGGUAAUGAAUAG